AUGGUGGGGGCGGGAACACCUGAUCCGUCUCGAGGUUCGGAUCAGCUUGACAUUCAGGAGCUGAACCGUGUAACGGAUAAUCUACACGAUGACCUGGCUCAUGAACGGACUCGGCGUUAUGAGCUCCAUGGCCUUUUAAGGAAUAAUUACAAUUCCUUAGCGCACGAUCGUUCGAACGAUCGUUCCUCGUUUGAGUUUGCGCAACUUGAGAGCGAACGUUACGUUCAUUCUCUUUGUGACGAGCUGAAUGCAGCUCGUCAGUACAUCGCUCAACUGCGUGAGCAGGUCACUUCGCUAGUCGACCAGACUGGCUCGUUGAAAUGGGAUCACUCGAAGGUGUUCUCGGCCAUUGACCGCGGAAGUGUUCUUCGUAUCUCGAAACGGUCUUGUACUGAUAGUACGGGCGAAGACGUCCACCGCAAAAUGUAG